AUGGAAGAACCUAAAGAAAGAAGGUUGAAUAUUGUGAUGCUUCCAUGGUUGGCUCAUGGACAUGCCUCUCCAUUUUUAGAGCUAGCGAAGAAGAUCGGAAAGAGAAACCAUACAAUCCAUGUAUGUUCUACAAAGGUAAUCCUGGACUCUGUUAAAAAAAGAGUAAAUGAAAUCGAUCAUCCAUUUCUCCAUUUUAUUGAAAUACAACUUCCAUAUCCUCCCGAGCUUCCUCCCCACCACCAUACAACCACCGGACUCCCUCCACACCUCAAUCAUACACUCAUGAAAACCUUUCAAAUGGCAGGUCCCGCAUUCUCUGAUAUACUAAAACAAAUCAAACCAGAUCUAGUUAUAUGUGAUGUCCUUAACCCAUGGGCUCAUGAUGUUUCCGCUUCUCUCUCAGUUCCUGCUAUUAUGUUCCACGUAACAAGUGUCGCCAUUCUUUGUUAUGGUUUUCACAUGACAACCGAUUAUGGGAUAUCCAAAUUCCCAUACCCUGAACUGAUUCCUCAAGAUCCAUACUGGUUCCAAAAAUAUGAGGAAGAUCAAUCCAAGGAAAUUGAUGUUGAUGUUGAUGAAGAAGGGGUAAUUAAUCAUUUCUCAAACUUGAAAUCUUUUGAAAUAAUCUUGGCCAAGACUUUUGGAGAGAUUGAUGAACAAUAUGUCGACUAUACAUCAUCCUUGAUUGGGAAAAGAGUGAUUCCCACUGGUCCCCUCGUUAAAGAUGCUGCAGAAGGUGACGCAUUAAAUGAAUAUGGCAAGAAUAUAAUUGAAUGGUUGGACAAAAAGGAGAAAGCAUCUACAGUUUUGGUAUCGUUCGGAUCGGAGUGUUAUCUAUCUAAAGAAGAUAGAUAUCAAAUGGCUUACGGAUUGGAACAAAGCACGGUAAACUUCAUAUGGGUAAUUCAGUUUCCUUUAGAACAGAAGAUUAGAAUUGAGGAAUCCUUGCCUGAAGGUUUUCUUAAAAGGGUUGGAGAAAGAGGAUUGAUGGUUGACAAAUGGAUUCCACAAGCAAGGAUCUUAGCUCAUGAAAGCACUGGUGGGUUUAUAACCCAUUGUGGUUGGGGUUCUAUCACUGAGGCAAUAGCAUUUGGGGUACCAAUCAUUUCUAUGCCUGUUCAGUACGAUCAGCCGAACAAUGCGAGUAUGGUUGUGAAUGCUGGCGUUGGAGUAGAGGUGUAUAGAGCUAAAGAUGGAGGAUUCAAUGGGCCAGAGAUAGCGAGAGUGACUAGAGAACUCCUAGUUGAGGAUAAAGGGAAGGAGAUAAGGAAGAAAGCUAGAGAAAUCAAAGAAAAAUUCAUAAGGGAAGGAGAUGAUCGAGAGAUUGAUGCACUUGUUAAGGAAUUAACUAACAUUUGUCAUAAAUAA